AUGGGACGGUUUCUCGUCCCCGUGUGGCGCGACUGCAUAUAUAUUCAAACGUGUAUCGUCACGCGCACCAGACUAACCUGUCUCGCAAAAUUAAUAGAGCACGAACUGGCGGAGGAGAUUGAGCCCGUCCUGCACCUGAAGCAGGCCAAGUACUCGGCCGACAGCCUAGCCGCCGCCCUGGACGCCGCCCAUGCCGUUGCCUUCCACACCGGCCUGGGUGAGGCCCUGAGCCCUUCGACGACUACGCCGCUCAGCAGCUACCUCAGCCACACCGGUGUUUCCCAGUUCGCCAGCUCCGCCUACUCCCGCUCCAACUUCGCCCUGGUCGCCGACGGCGCCACCCAGGUUGCCCUGAGCAAGUGGGUUGAUCAGUUCUUCAAGAAGUCCACCGGCUCCGGUAGCGCACUCACCAGCGCCCCUUCGAAGUACUACGGCGGCCAGCAGCGCAUCGAGUCUGCCUCAGGCAACGCUAUCGUUAUUGCCUUCCCGACCAAUGGCCUGAACGCCCCCGACGCCACCGUCGAGGUCCUGACGUCCCUGCUCGGCGGCGAGUCCAGCGUCAAAUGGUCCCCCGGCUUCACCCUGUUGUCCAAGGCCUCUGCCGGCGCCCACGGCGCCAACGCUGUGGCCCGUAACCUUUCGUACUCGGAUGCUGGCUUGCUGACCAUCCAGGUCACUGGCCAGUCUGCCGGUGCUGUGCGGGCGGCCGCCGAUGCGGCCGUCAAGACCCUCAAGAGCGUCGCUUCUGGCUCGGUCUCCAAAGAAGAUGUUGCCAAGGCUAUUGCCAAGGCUCGUUUCGAUGCCCUGACCGCCCAGGAGCCCGCCAGCGCUGCCAUCACGGCCGCCGGUACGGCCGUCCUUCACGGCCUGAAGACCUUCCAGCCAGCCGAUGCCAGCAAGGCCUACGCCGGCGUCACGGCUGAGAAGCUGACGACACUGGCUAAGAAGCUUGUUAACGGCAAGGCGUCCUUUGCCGCUGUCGGUGACCUGCAUGUCCUCCCCUUCGCGGAGGAUGUCGGCCUGACAGUGUAA